CGUUCGGUCGGUCGGUCGUUUUCGCUGGAAAUAUGAAAUUCGAUCCGCCGUUUUUAGUUCUCCUAGCUCUCCUAGGGAGUUGCCAUCAGAGCUGGGCUGGCCGCCAAUAUAAUUACAAGCCGCCUGGUCGCGGUUACUUCUACCCAAAGCCAGCAGCACCACCAGCAAGAUUGCCACCUCUGCCAGUCAAUGGAUCUUUGGUUAUAACCUCACCAUUGCCAUCGCCACCGCCGGGCGUGCAAUCGGACUUCAUUGACGAUCUGAUCGAGGGCCAUAAGCAGCAAAUCUUAUCGAAUGUCCUGGGCGUGGCCAGUGAAACUCCCUCGGAUCCGGUCUCAUCUUCAACCGCCUCCCAAUCCCAGCAAUCCUCGCCAGCCGCCCCAUUUCCAUUUGCCCCCCUCGAGGGCGGUGGUGCCAAGGCGUUCCGCGUUAAUCGCUGUGCCAGCUGCACCUGCGGCGUGCCCAAUGUGAAUCGCAUCGUGGGCGGCUCUCAAGUGCGGACGAAUAAAUAUCCGUGGAUUGCUCAGAUCAUACGCGGUACCUUCCUGUUCUGCGGCGGAACCCUAAUCAACGAUCGCUAUGUCCUGACCGCCGCCCACUGUGUCCACGGCAUGGACAUGAGGGGCGUGUCCGUGCGCCUGCUGCAGCUGGACAGGAGCUCCACCCAUUUGGGUAUAACCCGAUCGGUGGCCUUCGCCCAUGCCCAUGUGGGCUAUGAUCCGGUGAGCCUGAUCCAUGAUAUCGCCCUGCUGCGACUCGAUCAGCCUAUACCCUUGGUGGAUCCAAUCCGUCCCGCCUGCCUGCCCACCAACUGGCUGCAGAACUUUGACUUCCAGAAGGCCAUUGUUGCUGGUUGGGGUUUGAGCCAGGAGGGCGGCUCCACUUCGAGUGUCCUGCAGGAGGUGGUGGUGCCCAUCAUCACGAAUGCCCAGUGUCGGGCCACGUCGUACAAGUCGAUGAUUGUGGACACUAUGAUGUGUGCUGGCUAUGUCCAGACGGGCGGCAAGGAUGCCUGUCAGGGUGACAGCGGUGGUCCUUUGAUAGUCAGGGAUCGAAUUUUCAGGCUGGCUGGUGUGGUGUCCUUUGGCUAUGGCUGUGCCAAGCCCGAUGCUCCUGGCGUCUAUACUCGCGUCUCUCGUUACUUGGAUUGGAUAGCAGUGAACACAAGGGAUUCCUGCUAUUGCAUUAAUUAA